UAUAUAAGCCAUUAAUUUAUUGAGGAGUGUGAGGGCAAUGGCUUUUUGAGGUCAUCACCAUCUCGAAAUCCCCAAACCACCAUGCAUUCCACGUGUUCUGACAAACCUUCCUCAUGAACCCAAAACCAAAAUUAUGGAUUUCUUCUAAUUUUUGUCUGGAUUGUUGUUUAUCUGUACUUCUCUUGGCUCUUAUCUUCCUCCAACAACUAGAAGCUGGGAGGGGUUGAAACCUGAGGGUGAGCACUUAGGGGGUAUUGGGUUGGAUGUUUCGGGAGGCUGCUUUAGGACAUGAAUGAUGAAUUGAAGAUGGUCAUGUUGUGUUGCAGCUUGCUUUGUUUUUUCUUCUCAUCUCUGUUUUGAUGGUGAUGAGAGCCUGGGUUUGCCUGGGUUUGUUUGGAAAUUAUAAUUUGUGAAAAUUAGUUUGGUUUUUUAACUGUUUGGUUUUUAAGAAAACAAAGGAAAAUAU